AUGGCGUCCUCUAGGCAAGUGCUGCUCUUGGCUGCCGUCGCGUGCCUCACGUCGCUGGCCUCCGGGACGCAGUGGAUGGUCGGGGACGGCGGUGGCUGGAGGGCCAAGUUCAACGAGACCGGCUGGACCGACGGCAAGACGUUCGUGGUCGGCGACAGCCUGCAGUUCGUAUACCCCAAGGAGAAGCACACGGUGAUCAUGGUCGGCAAGGACGCCUUCGCGGCGUGCGACCUGAACGCCAACCUGCAGCUCCGGAACUGGACCAGCGGCAACGACGUCGUGCAGCUCGACAUGCCCGGCAAGGUGUGGUUCAUCUGCAACAAGCCCAGCCACUGCGACAACGGCAUGAAGCUCGUCAUCGACGUGGUCGACGGCACCGUCGCCCCAUCCCCGCUGCCGUUCCCGUUCCCGUUCCCGUUCCCAGGAAUGGCCCCGGCCCCAUCUCCGUUGUUCCGUUGGCCGUUGUUCCCCGGGGGAUCGGUCCCGGCCCCAGCCCCAGCAUCGCCAGCGGCAGCGCCGCCGUCUGCGGGGGUGCGGAACCCGGUCGGCGGCGCGCGGUCGCCGCUGCGGCGGCUGCCGCCGUGGUCGCGGCCGCGCUCGCGUUCUAGGGCCGCCCUCUCCCUGCCUGCUGUGACCGUGCACGCACAUGCAAGAGUUUAG